UUGAACACUAAGAUCGAUCAACUGUCAAACAAUACGGUUGUGAGUCGGGGAGUAAUAUGGUACAAUCUUUCGAUUGUUUCACUAAUUUAGCGACUGACAAAUCGCUAGGAAUCAUCAUCGUGUGCGAAUUAUAUACGUGAGGGAUCGGUGAUCGUGGCGAUCGGAUAACAGACAAAGGAAGCUUUGAUAAUGUUUACACCGUUGAAGCCCUCAGGGGCAGAUCUUACCGAUGUGACUAUAUUAAAUACACCUCAACCACAAGCAACAUCAACUGUGCAGAGGAAAAGCACAUUGGAAAUCAAAGACAAGGAUAUUGAAGAAACUAUUUCCAAACAGUUUAUGAUAGAUAAAAAUGACACGGCACAGAGGUGUAACGAAUCGUCACUUGGGAUACUUAAGAACAUGUCUUCCUUUUUAGCCGAAAUGAGUGGCAUAGAGGAAGUGAAAGUCACUCAAGAUGAAAGUAAAUUGGACGCGGAACUUGAACUUGCUAGGAAACUGCUUCAGAGGUGUAGCAACAUAAAAAGUACAUCUAUUACAUCUGAUACGAGUAAAGAGAACAAUACGAACAUUCAGAAUGUAUCAAGUAAUCUCACUCCUUCGACAUUAAUCGAUUCCGCUCAAUUAAUUAGCUACAGUCAAAUUAAUCCACAGAAUGAAAAUACUGUGCAAUCAAUUGUUAAUAAAAAAAGCAGCGUCGUUUUCGAGCCAAAUGAAAUCACUGCCCGUUCAUCCGGAUUAAGUAGACAUUCGGAGAAACGCUUGUCAUCGUCAGUGGCAUCAAGUAAAAAUUUGAACCAGAUAAUAUUUGACACAGCGACCGCUGAAUUUAUGGCUAAAUUCAAUAGUGAAGAUUUUCGUUCUGCUUCUGACAUGGCCAGUCAAAUGCUAGCUGAUGAAAUGUCUUGGCAACAGAAUUAUUCCUACGCACUUCCCACAACAUCUGCUACCGAAAACGAUUGCUUGAACCUGUCUUGUUUUUCUGGCAUUACCGGCGAACAAGAUUUAUUUAUUGAGGGGCGCAAAGUGUCUGUGAGCGAAUAUUUUAUGAGAAAGUGUGGACAUUUCGGAGAAUUGUCAGAUGCGGGGAUAGAAAGGCCGAGUUUGGGUCUGUCCGUAAGCAGCCCGCCCAGAAAGAAUCAACCUAUGGCUUUGGUUGAUUCAACUUGCACCUCUGCAGUAGGAGAUUCCUCAAUCGGAUCCAGCGUCAUGCAGGAUAAAACUCAAAAUAUUCCAAACAUAACAAAGGACAUAGAGGAGCAAAGUAUUAUGAGUUUGACCAGUAUUGCUCAAGCGCUACACGAUAUCGAUAAUGGUACACCGCGGAGAUUGGUGGAUCAAUUGAUUAUGGCAAAGAAAAAAAAGAAAGCACAAGUGCAGAAUGAAAAUACAAUUGCACAUACUUACACACUGCUGUCCAACAGAAGGUCCAUGCCUGUUACUCCGAGUAAUAAUAUUGAUGAUUUCGGAAAGAAUAUGACAUUGCUGAAUUAUUCAACAAAAUUAUCUCUCGAUAGUAAAAUGAUCAACGAAUCUAUAGAUGUUAAACACUCUGUCCCAAAGAUGCUGUCGCUUGAUUUUAACUCGGACGCGAAAAUAAAUUUUGAGACCAUUUCUCAAGAGCUUAAGAAAGAAAUGAGUAUUGAAAAUCGCACUCACGAGAGAAAAUCUGUCGAUCUCGAAAAGGAGGAAAUAGGACAGAAAGAAAAUAUAAAAGUAGAAAAUGUUUCGUAUGAAGAUAAAUCACAGAGUUAUAUACAAGACUUUACGAAUUUGCAAGAGUCUUAUGUCAAUAAUGUCGUUAUUGGUAAAAAUACGGAAGAGCUAUGUAGCUGCAUCGUUGGUAUAUCUAGAGAAGUAAACAUUGAACUAUUAAAUAAAAGUAACAGAUGGGUCAUUUAUACGUUAAGUAUAAAUCAAAUUCAGGGGGAAAAGCAUAAUGUACGACUUACACUGCCGAAAGAUGUUAUUCUUAUAAAACCAAAUGCCGAACAAUGUACCAAGAUUAGCGUGACAGUGCUGAAAAUGUGCAAACCAAUCAUAACAGUUUUAAACAUAACAGUGUCAGACAUGGUAACAAGAAUCGAAUGGAUUAUGAAGCAUAUUAUUUGCAUCAAGCCUGAGGAAGUCGAUAUAAGCGUGUCAAAUCUUACUCAAAAAAAGGAAUUAGACUUUCAAUAUAUUGCCGAAAACAGCACUGCAGUUUUGCCUGUUACGAUAAAAAAUAAGAACAGCGUCGAUGUUCCUAUUAAACUUUCUAUACUGAAGAAUGAACUAGCGAUAUUUAGCUUAGAAAAUCAAGAAGAAUUACAACAUGUUAUGCUUAAAUCUCAAGAACUGCGUGCUGUAAAUGUUCAAUGCAAAGGUAUCAUGAAAAAAGAUACUGACACGCAGCAACAAUAUUUACAAUGUCAUGCCGGUACAUUGAUGAUUCAAGCUGGAGAUGCUUCAGAGGAUAAUGUGACAGUCCAGGAAAUUCCUCUCAUUGUGCAAGUAGGAAUUUACAAGAUACAAACGAUUGAUACAGAUUUACCUCUGGUUGUCCCUCAUAAACAAAGCAAACCCUUGUCCGUGAUUAAUCUUGGCACGAUACCGACGCGAAUAUCAGCCUCGUUUGUUCAAGAAAUUGAAGUAUCAGACAUUUCGAAACAUUUCUCAGUGGAACCAGAAAAUUUACUUGUGCAACCGAACGAAAUUGGCUGCUUUUUUAUUACAUACAAGCAACAAGUGUCGGACAUUCCUAAAAUACACGCGAAGAUUAAAUUAACCACUGUUGAAAAUGCCCACUACUAUUCUAUAAUCGGAGAAUCAAGCUUACAUACCGAGGCAGAAAAUGAAAAUAUUGCUCGAUGUGACACACCUCAGUAUUUACCAUCUGUUAGUUCUCCAUCGUCUCCACACAGCGUAGUUUCAAACAAAUCAGGUAUAUCUGGCAGAAACUCGCCUCUUAGCUCGGUGUCUGGUUCAACUGUUGCCGGCGAUAAAAUUCCUAUAAGAACAACUCACGCUGCUUUGAUAUGGAAUAGCGUGAAAACAGGGAAAUCGGAAAUCAAGGAGUUCACUAUUCGUAAUACUAGCAACAACAAGAUCAAGAUACAAGCUGUCAUAUCGGACAGUGAACAAAAUUUUCGGUUUCUUCGAGAGCGACAAGCCGUUGGUACGACGAUAGUGUUGGUUUUGCAAGGCUCGGAGAGUAGGACGUUGUCUGUUGUAUUCAGUCCUCAUCAUAUAGGCACAGCUACUGGGAAAAUAAUAUUUCGACAUUAUGAGCCAAAAAGAGAAGGUGCUGUGUCUGGACCUUCGAAAGUGCUAUUUCUAUACGGUUACGGGGGCUACAGCAAAGUUGAAAUUUCAGAAGCAUUUAAAGAUCCAAGUGGAAAAAUGUGGUUGUCGCUUGGUAUUUUAAAUUCUGGAAGCUCUCUGAAUGCAAAAAUCAAACUGCAAAACAUUGGAGAUCUGUGUUCCUAUGUUAAAAUAAAAUUAACACCUAAAGCUGUGUAUCCUACUAUGGCAUCGAGCUGGCAAGUAAAUCCAACUGAAUUGUUGCUAAACCCCAAAGAGGUUCAGUGGGUGACUUUAGAAUUCCACCCGCGAAAGGAAGACUUAAUGCUACUGCAACGAUCUAAUGUAUCACAAGCUGGGACCCUGUUAAUCACCCAUGGAGAUGAACCUACUCGUUGGCGAAUUCGUAGAUUGUAUAACAAGAUGAAAGAAACAGGCGAAUUGAGCGGUAGUGAAAAUGAAACUUUUAGAAACAUAGUUCAUCCAUUAUGUAAAGUCUUUUCUGGAGAGCAAUUCAUGUCGGACAUAAGUGCCAUACGAGAUUCAGUGCAUAAUCUGGGGGAUCUUUGUCGAGGGAUUCGUCAACAUGAGGUAAUGUUAACGGUGGAAAUGUGCGCCGACGAGACUCUAUCUGUCCUCCAUGACAAUGUCGACGAAUCGCAGAUGUUUCACUCUCUGUGUAGCGAUAAUAGUCAUAUGUACGAAGGAAAUUCAGAGAGUUUUAUGCCUUCGGAAACUUUUUUAGGAAAUAGUACGCUCCAAAAUGAUCUCAAUACAGAUAGUUUUAUGGUUAGUCCAUCCGUCAUAGUCUUAAAUCCACCGAGUAAAAUGGAAGCGAUUGUAACGUUAAGAAGUUCCAGUACCGUGGCAGAACCGUUCGAAACUACUUUGUCAAAUACGGAUUACUUAAAAGUCGUUCCUGCCGAGGGAAUGAUACCUACAAGAAGAGACUUUCAGCUGAAGAUACAGUGUAAACGAAAGAUCGAGCGGAACUUUAAUGCAGUUCUUGAAAUUUUGACUGAGAAUGGAAAAUACGAUGUACAAAUAAGAGUGAUUGUUAAAUAAUGUAAUGUAAUGUAAAUUAAUCUUUUUUUAUUGAAAUAUUUAUUAUACAAAACA